UCUUUCUUCAAGCUCCACUAAUCUUGACUCAUCCUUCCGCCAGCUCCUUUAAAACAAUGUCUCUCCUCCACCUUCAAUUCUCCUCUGUCCGAUCGCCGCCUUCUCUUCCGUCAAAAUCCUCCAUCCCAACCGCAUGCGCCGCCCAAUCUUCCUUCCCUUCCUCCUCUUCCCCCGCUUCUAAGAGCUCCAGAAGCUCCUCGUCAGCACUGUCCUCUCCAUCAACCAAGCAGAAGGAUCAUCAACACCACAAUGGAUCAAUUUUUGGAGUCAGAUCGAGCUUGGAUACUGUGGGGCUCACUGUGGGUCAGGUUACCGAGGUUAACAAAGACACCUUUUGGCCCAUCGUUAACGCCGCCGGUGACAAGACGGUCGUUCUGGAUAUGUACACCCAGUGGUGUGGUCCAUGCAAAAUCAUUGCUCCAAAAUUCCAAGAAUUGUCUGAAAAAUAUUCUGAUGUUGUCUUUCUAAAGCUUGAUUGCAACCAAGAGAACAAGCCAUUGGCAAAAGAGCUUGGAAUAAGGGUUGUUCCAACCUUCAAAAUUCUGAAAGACAAGAAGGUUGUAACGGAGGUGACUGGUGCCAAAUUUGAUGAUUUAGUUUCUGCCGUUGAAAGUGCAAGAGCAAGCUAGAACUCUUUCCCGCUUAUUUUCCCUGUAUACUAUUAGCACUGCAAUGAACCAGAUGUGGAUUAAAAGUAACUAUUUGUUGUACUUGUGUAUAUGCAUUUAGCUCAAAGUUGAAAUGAUGGAAAGACAAAUUUGUAUA